GCACGUUGUUUUCAGGAAGCUGGGGGUGUUUAGCCAGGAGAAAAGGAGGUUCAGGAAAGAGCUUAUUGCUUCUACAACUACCUGAGAGGAGGUUGUAGCGAGGUGGGGGUUGGCCUCUUCUCCCAGGUAACAAGCAAUAGGAGGAAAGGAACUGACUUCAAGUUGUGCCAUUGAAUUUUUUUCAUAAUAUCCAUUAGAUUGUAUAUUAGUAAAAAUUUAUUCAUUGAAAGGAUGGUCAGGCAUUUAAGCAAGCUGCCCAGGGAAGUGGGGGGAUCACUAUCCCUGGAAGCAUUCAAAAGAUGUGUGAAUGUGGCACUUAGGAACGUGUUUUAGCAGUGGACUUGGCAGUGCAGGGUUAAUGGUUGGACUCAGUGAUCUUAGAGGUCUUUUCCAACCUUAAAGGCUCUAUGAUUCUAUGAAGUUGUGCAUCUGGAAGUUUGAAGUUACCGGUCUUGAAAAGAUGAUGUGAAGUGUUACUUUGUGUGUUGCCUGAUGAGAAACUCCAAGUCAGAGUGUAGCUACAGGUACUCUUUGCUACUGAAGGAAGUUCAGCUCAUUAAAAAUGAUGUGGAACAAGGCCAGCAUUGGUUUCUGUUUUGUUUCUUUCAAAUUAUGUUCCAUUCCCACUAAUGGGAGCUCUGUGUAAAGCUGAUUCAUUAGGAAUUACUUACUGGGGCUGAACUCUUGGUAGUAGAAUAGUGGGAACGUUUUGCAGCAAUAUGGAGACCUAAAAGCACUGUUGGGUGCUGACUGCAAACUCUUCCAUUCACACGGUGGUGUGCCGUAAAAGACUGCUGCUUUCCUUCUGGUUCAGAUUUGCAUAAUUUUUUUUGUAAACUGCAUGAUCAAUUUUGCAUCCUGUCCCACAAAAAACUUUGCAUUUUAUCACUACCUUACUGUUUUAUGUUGUUGAUACACAAAAAGAGCGUUGAGCGGCAGAGCAUGAACUGGUUGUGGCGUGAAGUAAAAUGGUGCUGUGUUGAAAUUUGAGUAGGAUCACAAUAAGAAUAAGAACAAAAACAUUUUACUGUUGCUGCUCCGGUGGAAUUAGGAACCCUUAAAGAAACCUUCUGCUUUUUCCUUUCCUUCCCUGGAGAGCUAAAGCAUAUUCAGUACAAGCUUGUUAAAAGCCUAGUCUGGUGUUGUGCCUCUUCCUUUAUAAAGGAUGGAGGGAAAGCCCUGCCGGUGUCCUGCAGCGGCCUCUGGUGACGAUGGGGAGUGCUCGCAUGUGACUCGAUUACAGGGAAGGGUUACCCUGAGGGGAGUCCAAACGCUCAAUUCUACCUUUUUUUAUAAGAAAGUAAUUUCUGCCGACUCCAGUGUGCUGUUACAGUAAGGACUAACUUUUUUCUCUCUUCCGCACCGAAAAUAACCUAAAAACAUUCAUUCUUUCAGUACUUUGGAAGAGGCUUGUUUGGGUUUGUGAAACAACUGAAACAUUUACACAUGUCGCUCAGUUGCUCCAAAAUAAUUUAUGGAUGACUGGGACAAAGCUAACGUAGCUAAAAUGUGUAUUACAGAGUGUAGGUAGAAAAAUGUGCUUCUGACAACUUACUUUAAACAGUUUCUUAGGUACCAAAGGGCUAUUGCUUUGAGAAACCUGAAAAUAAAGCCUUGUAGUCUAGUACUGUGGAGGAUGUGUGAGGGAGAAUAAGACACAUGAGUUCUGGAAAUAGAGCAUUAUAUAGGUCUACAUGAGGCAGACAACUGCAAAUUAAUUUUUUCUUAAAUUAUUCAGUAGUCAUUCUGAAAGAGGCAGAUUAUUCAUCAAACUGCUUUGUCUUUUACUGGAGUUGGUGUUUCCUUCUAACUUUUAAAGGAUUUGAGUUCUGUGUCUGAAGAACAGCAUACCAAAAUACAUUGUGGAAAGCUGAGUAUCCAAAAUCCAAGGGGCUUGUAGAAUAAAGAUCUUAGGAGAUUUUUGGAGGAGGUGGUGUAUAAGCAAUUUUUUCAGUCUGUGCAUGGGUUUUUUUUUAAUGAACUUUUAAAGUUAUGGUUCCUGAGAUGGAAAGGAAGUAGAAAAAAAAUCAGCCUUGGCUUUUACUGUGUUCAUAUCAAUAGGAGUGUAAAAUCUUGAGCUAAUGGUUCAAAGUUUGAUGAACUUAAACAUGACCAGUUUCAGGUUCCCUCUGCUAUUUGGUGGGGUUGUGGGUGUGUAAAGUGUGCUUUCUUUCUGUGCUACUGUGGCGCAGCAUCAGCUGCUUUCACUGUGAGUGAACACGCAGUUUGACUCAAGCUAUAAGGGUUUUCUGUUUCAGCUUCUAAAUGCAAGAUUAAUUUCUUUUAAAGUAAUUAAUUCUGUUAGAUAAUUAUUGGUUUAUUUCUGUGCUGAAUACUUGACAUAUAUGAAAUAAUGUGUUCUAAUGAAUCCUACAGUGAAGUAGGGUAGUUUUGGGGUUUUUUUGUCUGAUUUGAAUCUCAAUCAAGGCACAGGGAACAAAAUAACGGAGGCAAAUCUGAAACAAAUCUGAUUUCUACUUUAAAAUAAUGCUGAUCUGUGCGUUCUGCCAACUCUUGCUCAAGUUUUCUUGUAAAACUGAGCUUCCUGAAAGAAUCUUUGUCUAUACAUGUUUAUUUAAGACUAACUUUUACCCCCUUUCAAAAGAAACCUAAAGGAAGUUAUGAUUUUUAUGUUUGCCUUCAGACCUUAAAAAAUGAACUUUAGUGCUUUGUAAACUCUCUAAGCUCAAAAAUAUUUUGAUAAUUCUGCAGGAACUGAAUAAUGCAACUGUUGAGACUCAUAAUGUUGGUAGCUUGUGCUUAAGGACCUCUGCCAUCUCUCUGAAACUGUAUCUGUCUGUUCCAGAUUUAAGAGUAUGUUUCUUAAUGAGAGUAGCCUGUAUCAGUAGUUAAUAGUUACUUGUGUGUUACCUACAGGUGUAGCUUUACCCCGAGAAACUGACUUUAAAAAGUGUUUGUUAAAUUGAGAUUUUAAGUAAAAGUAGUACAGCAAUGUGAGGGGGCUCUCAGAAAUAUUUUCAGCCUCACUAAAAUGCGAUAAUGACGCGUGAAAUUGGAUAAGGACCUAAAUUAAACAAAACAAACUCCCAAAAUCACUUUGAAUUCAAGUUUGGCUGUGUUUUUCUACCUCUGAGACUACUCUUUUGAAACAUUACUGUGAACAGUGAAUAUUUGAAAGUCUACCAUCAAAAACAGAGCAAGCAAACCCUCAGAGCCUAAGAACUAUUUUAGAAAACUUGUUCAAGCUUCAUUAUGCAUGUAUUUAUGUUUUUGCGAGAAUGAACAGAUGGAAAAAAUGCUGUUAUGGAUGAGUGAGGAGACAUAAAUUGCAAAUCAAAAUGUGACCUUUUAUGACACCACAAACUCUUGAGUGUUGAAUUGCUUGGGCUUCGCUCACCUUAGCCUAAAAGACAGAGUGUGUUGUGUGAAGUGUAGGUGCCCAGAAAGCUCUCGUAGAGGCUAAUAGACCCCUCUGAGAUGUUGUGCCUUGCCUUGCCUCGCGGUGGGGAAGGGAGAUAGUGCACCAAGUAAAGUAGGAAAAUAGUCACUAUAAAGUUGUUCUUGAGUUCUAAGGUCCAAAGGUACAAGUUUAUAUGACAUGCUGUUUUGCCUGAAUUUGGUAAGGUGUCUUCUACUGAAACUUUGUGGAGGUCAAGACAAUUAAGGCUUGACAUUGAAAAGGUCUUAUUGACCUUCCUAUCAUAGCAGAAACAUGGCCCAACUUGCAGGAAUGCUGCUAUGCUAACCCCAUGUCACUGCUCUGUGCUUUUUGGACUUGUCUACUUCACAUUCCUGGGCAGAUGGAGCUCGUUAGCCCUUAAAAAGGCAACCCAUCUACAUCCUAAGGACCUCGCUGCCACCGUCCAAGCUCGCUUGGCCCCGGCAGAUGAACCUUAGGAUUAAAGGGUGGGCUCAGUUCCGCGCACACUGUGUCUCACCUAAAAAAUCCAAUGCGCAGGCUGGAAGGUGUAAAGACCUUCCUCGGAUCUUCGCUUGCGAAGACUGGCUGUUAUUUAUUUACUUCACAUUAUUCCCCUUCAAUUUAGUACUUUCACAGUUUUGGGGAAAAAAAAAUCCACCUAUUUUCUUUAUAUGGCCUGCUGACUACAACUAGUGUGAGAUGCAGGCUUCAGGGAAUGAAGGAAUGUGAGGACAUGCUUUGAACAUGCUGAGUUAGCACUGUUGGGAGGAGAUGCAGUCCUGUCCUAGUGCCAUCACAGAGGUUUGUUUUGGGAAUUUGGGGAACUAAACUACAGCCAAGUCAUCUUUACUCUUUCUUCCCUUUUUUUUUCUUUAUGUUAUUUUCAGUUGAAUUCAUUCUCCAGGAUGCUUGACUAUAAAGUUGUACAGAUUGCUGUGCCAGACUAAGGAAGAGACUUGGCAUGGGAAUAAGUGGGCAGGAGCAGAGGAGGACAGGACAGCUGUCUGCAGCUGUACUGGCUUGGUUUUUCUUGGAAUAUCUGUGACUGUGAAGACCUCUUGUUCUGUUAACUGCUACUCCCAUGACAGCCAUUUUUGUAUAAAAUACCUAAUAAAAUAUAUUUGCCGUGCUGGUCCUAAGUAUUUUUGAAAAUAUGCUUUUAGUUGCAAGCAGAUUUUUAUAGGUGGUAGUGUACAAGUCAAUAACUGAUACACAGAUAAUAGAUUUUUCCUGUCACCUCAAAACUAACUGCUUGUGUCCUCCCUGAGAGCAGAUACUAACUUAGGUAUACUUCAUCUUCUUGACAUUAAGCUGAUUUUGGUGCCUGUCUCACAAUAGAAUUGUCAUCAUCUCUCAGUCAGAUCCAUUCCCCUCUUUUGCCAGUAGAGAGAUCAGGAAAUUACAAAUGAUUCUCCAUUUUGGGGGUGGGAGAAGAUGUGAAUGAGAACCAGAGAAAUGCUGCCUAUCUGUGUUCUCUAGGUUUCUGGGUCUCUCUCUAGCUGUUUUUUUCUUGCUCUCUAAGCUUUUUUUUUUUUUCCUACAAGGAAUCUACUACCGUUCAUUUGUCAAAACAGUUCGAGUGCUGCUUUAAAUCAGCAGUGCCCCAUAUGGCAAAGAGGCAGAAUACUGAUUGUUUUCAGGAAUAAUUUCCUGGCUCUAGUAAUUAUUAGAGUGAGUCAGCAGCUGAAAAGUAAAGGUGUCUUAUACAAAUGAAAAGUGGCUUGGAUUUGUCAUGAUAACUAAUGCAAGCUCACAGGGUUUCAGCCGUUGUUUACGCGUUGAUAUAUCGUAAAUGCUAAUGAGUGUUAAUUACUUGGUUAGUAGAGGUUGAUGUAGGAGCAAACACAACUUUGUUCUAAAGUGAGUAUCAGUGUUUCAGGCUGCAGUAACUCGUAAGCUGAGUGAGCUUUGUGUCUUAUGUCUCAAGAUAUCCUUGGACAAAUAUUGUAUAUACUUACAUUACUGCUUGAGUACUUGAAUGCUCUUUUGAAGGGGGUGUAACCCAUCCUUCUUAGCGCUUUCCUGCAUGUUAUAACUUGACUACUGCUAUUCAUUUUAAUAGCUUGUUUCGCUUGGUAAUUAAAGGAAUUGGAAUUUUUUUACCCUCCAUUUCUUUAUGUCGAAGAGGUACUUCCUGACAGCCUUUUCUGACGUUGGGAUUUCCCAGGGGCUGGGAUGCAGCGAUGCAGGACCCUGGAGAGCGCCGGGAUGCGGGGGCUGCGGGUCCCGAGGGGGCACCGGCCAUCGCCUCCUCCGCCCUUACACAGUCCCCAGGGUGUGGUGUGUAAUACCUCUCCGACUGGGAUUGCUUUCCUGCUGUGCCUUCACCUCAGGCCUUAAUGUUGGACUUUGCCUUUGUCAGCCAGCUGUUGCCAUGAAAAUACCAGUCUUCAUACUCGCUGGUCUCCUUGUGCAUUGUGUGUUCUUGGUCUCCAUUUUUGACAUCUACUUCAGCUCUCCCCUGGUCCAUGGAAUGACCCCUCAGCAGACUCCACUGCCACCUCCAGCAAAACGUCUUGUACUCUUUGUUGCUGAUGGUCUGCGAGCAGAUUCGCUCUAUGAAUUGAACAGCAAUGGCACACCCCAGGCACCUUACCUGCGGGGUAUUCUAGAGAACAAUGGCAGCUGGGGAAUCUCUCAUACCCGGGUCCCGACAGAAUCCAGGCCGGGGCACGUUGCACUUAUAGCUGGAUUUUAUGAAGAUGUCAGUGCUGUUGCUAAAGGAUGGAAGGAGAAUCCAGUGGAAUUUGACUCUGUUUUCAAUGAAAGUAAAUAUACCUGGAGUUGGGGAAGCCCAGAUAUUUUGCCAAUGUUUGCAAAAGGUGCUACUGGAGAUCACGUUUAUACAUUUUGUUACACAGCAGAAAGUGAAGACUUUGGAGCACAAGAUGCAGCCAAGCUUGACCUAUGGGUUUUUGAUCAUGUUAAGAGCUUCUUUAAUUCUUCUAGAAGUAAUCAAACAUUGUUCUCUGCACUGAAUGAAGAGAAAGUGGUUCUGUUCCUACAUUUGCUAGGCAUAGACACAAAUGGACAUGCUCAUCGGCCAAACUCAAGGGAAUACAAGGAGAAUAUUAAAAAGGUGGAUGAGGGUGUGAAAGAAAUUGCAUCAAUGAUUGACCAUUUCUAUGGAAAUGAUGGAAAAACUUCAUUUAUUUUAACUUCUGACCAUGGAAUGACAGAUUGGGGAUCCCAUGGAGCUGGUCAUCCUUCAGAAACUUUAACACCACUGAUUGUGUGGGGUGCUGGAAUAAAUUACCCACAGAAAGUUACAUCCCAGUUCUUUGAAGACAAUUUUUUGAAAGAGUGGAAGCUGGAGAACUUGAAGAGGCUUGAUGUCAAUCAGGCUGAUAUAGCACCGCUGAUGGCUUCCCUUAUCGGUGUGCCUUUUCCCCUGAAUUCUGUGGGGACUCUGCCUCUGGAAUAUCUGAACAAUAGUGCUCAUUUCAAAGCAGAGAGCAUGUUUACCAACGCUGUUCAAAUUCUUGAGCAAUUUAAGGUUAAGAUGAGUCAGAAAAAGGAAAAUACACUGUCAUUUCUGUUCACACCAUUCAAACCACUUUCUGAUUCUGAACAAAUAAACUUUUUAAAGAAAAUAAGACUAUGUAUUCAGCAGCAGAAGUACAAUGAAGCGGUAUCCUUGUGCAAAACCCUGAUUAACCUUGCUUUGGAAGGCUUGUCAUAUUACCAUACUUACGAUAGAUUGUUCCUGGGUCUAAGUAUUGCAAUGAGUUUUGUGGGCUGGACGACUUACGUGAUUUUGGUGAUUAUCAAGACCCAUACCAAUUUGACCAAGACUGUCCCAACUAAUAAUAAGAAAUCUGCUGUUCUCUUCUAUGGUUUUACCUUUGCUGGAAUGAUAAUAGCUUUUUUCCUGUUGAUUCAGACAUGUCCUUGGACAUACUAUGUAUACUGUCUCUUGCCAGUACCAGUAUGGUAUGCAGUUGUGAGAGAAAUUCCUGUUAUUCAAGACCUUGCUGCAAAUGUUUUGUCACUACGUAUCAGUCAGUCUAUAGGAUUCCUCUUGGUUUGUAUACUGGGAAUUGAAAUACUAGUCUUCAGCUUUUUCUACCGCUCUGCGCUUACUGUUGGUCUUCUUGUCUUUGCUGGCUGGCCAGUGAUCACACAGCUCUGGGUUCAAGCAAAGACAAUAGCCUUGAUCUGGACUCUUUUGUGUGUGCUCCUUGCAAUAUUUCCAUUAAUGCCUGUUGUAGGAAGAGAACCAAACAUUCCUCUGGUAAUAGCAGCUGGUUUGCUGACCCUCUUGAUCUCUUGCUUCUCACUGGCAUCUCUUUGUGGAAACAAAAAUAAGUACAGAAAUAAUGAAGAUCUGAAAGUAUAUUUUUAUCAGAUGUUGAGUAUUGGUCUUUCGACAUAUGUUGUGAGCAGUACCCAUGACAGUCUUAAGAACAAACUGGGAUUGCCUGUAUUGAAUCAAAUUGUUAGCUGGAUGAUUCUAGUUUCUUCCCCAGUGCUGCUGUUACUGAGCCCCACGUUUCUCUUUCAGCGACUGUUCAGCAUAUUGCUCUCCCUGAUGUCCACCUACCUGCUCCUCAGCACAGGAUACGAAGCUCUCUUUCCACUGGUACUAUUUGGUUUGAUGUUUGUGUGGAUAAAUAUGGAGCAAGAAGCACUGCAGCACUAUGGUCUUUCACUCAAACCAAAGCUUGCUGUUUUCAACUUUGCCUAUGCUGUGGAUAUAACUCAGUUUCGACAGCUCCACCUAGAUGAUGUUCGGAGAUCCUUCUUCUUUGUUUUCUUCAUAGUGACAGCCUUUUUUGGCACCGGAAACAUAGCUUCUAUUAACAGUUUUGAUCCUGCUUCUGUCUAUUGUUUCUUGACUGUGUUCAGUCCCUUCAUGAUGGGAGGCUUGCUUGUACUGAAGGUUGUAAUCCCAUUUGUUCUGGUAUCAUGUGCUUUCGAAGCUGUUCAAGUCACAACACAGCUGUCUUCUAAGAGCCUUUUCCUCAUUGUUCUUGUGAUUUCAGACAUUAUGGCUUUGCAUUUUUUCUUUUUGGUGAAAGAUUAUGGAAGCUGGCUGGAUAUCGGAACAAGCAUUAGCCACUAUGUGCUGGUGAUGUCGCUGACCAUAUUUAUGAUGCUGAUGAAUGGACUGGCCCAGCUGUUAACCACACAGAGGCUUGAGCUUCCCAGAAGGACUAAGCACCAUUCCACGUGAUAAAGUGAUAAGUGUUCCCACCUUGUUCAAAUCCUCAGGCUUCCUCUGAACCAGUGUCUGCCUCCAGAAUGUAAAUAUGACUUAAUGGACUAGAGUGCCAAAAUCCCAUUCAGGGAUCAGAGUGCUCUGUUGAUUCAGAUUAAAUACUGUCACGUGACUGAAAUUUGCAUUUGAGAAUUGCCAUUUAGGCAUCGAUGGGGAUAAAAAAGCCUCUGUUUUAUUCUCCAAGCAUACAUAUUUAUUGAAAAUAAAAACAGCAACAAAAUUCUUUUUUAAAAUAAAUAGGCAACUGUCUUUUGUAGUUGGUUUGUUUGGAGUUUUUUUGGUAGUUAUAACUUGUCUGCCAGCUGUUUGUCUCACGCGUACUCUCAUUAGGAGUCUGCAAAGUUCCAGCUUCAUUUCAUGCCUCGCAUAAGCACCUCACCGACUAAGGCGUAAAUGAAAUCGGUCUGGGCAGGUCACUGAUUUGUGUGUAACUGAUGUGGCAUACGCUUUUCAGUACCUCUGAGCCUGGCUGUGCAUUUUGCGACCGUGUCAGUGUGUGUGUGUGAGAAUAUGUUGAGGCAGGUUAAGGCUGUUGUGCUGUGAGGAUGUUGCUGUAAGACAACAUCUUUUAAAAGCUAAUCUCACUGUGAAUUGCUGCCACUGCCUGUGCUUCUCCUGCUGCCUCCUGUGCUUUGGGCGGGCUGAGCAGUAUGCCACUCAGGUGGCUGAUCCAAAUGAAAAGAAACCUGAUUAAAGGACAGUAAAUAGCAUUUGAAUUCCCUGGUCCAGUUCAUGACAGGGUAGGCAGGAAGGAUAGGGCUUAUUGUUUCUGAGGCAGCCCAGAGUUAGAUCAGCAUAAAGAGGUCAUGAAACCAGCUGGAGAUGCUGGUUUGCAGAGAGUGAUGCCACAUGGAAGCUUUUCUCUUUGUUUCCAUGUUUUUCUUUCCGCUUGCGUUCUGCUCCUGAUUACAAGUGUCGGUAUAGGCUGCACCAUGAAUCAAAUGCAGACACAAAUCCCCUGGCUGUACGCUGAUUACAAGUGAGAGCAAAGAGCCAGGGUGCCUAGAGGCUUUGCUGUUGUGAGUGCUCCUGGGGACUGAGUAACCGUGAAUCCAUUGCUUUUGAGAUAGCCUUGUAACCUUGUAGCCCUUCCAACACCAAGCAUCAGCUUCCCUGCCACUGACCUUAGCUGAUUACAUAUCGCAAACUACAGUACCCACCUACACCUCAGUGCUUCAUCAUUCCCUGAAGUCAUCUCUUGUGAGAAUUAUACCGACAUUAUAUCUACUGAAGUAAAAAUUGUAUUUUCUGUUAGGUGUCCUGCUUUGAAACAGCUUUUUCCAUCUACACCAUCACUAAAAGAGCCUUUGAAGCAGAUCCCUUUGCACAGUGAAGGAAGCAAGGAAAUGAAGAAGCAUUGUUCAUUCUGUCCCAGUCUAUGAUGGCAUCACUAAAAAUUGCGCUACGUAAUAUCCCUGUGUCACACUCCCAGUUUGCAGCCAGGUCUUCCUGUGUGGGAGCUGGUAAAUAUGGGACAUGAUGCUGGUAACCAAGGCCAGACCUGCAUCGUGAGGGCUGCUCCAAUUCUCUUUCCAGCCAUCUGGCGUUUCGCCAUGGUCACAUGUCUGUUUAACACUCUGGAAACUAGUCAUCCCUCUGCAGGAAGUUUGGCUGGGAGAAACCAGUCACAAACCUCCAUCUGCUUUUUGAGUACUAGGGAAAAAAAUCUCAUCAGGGGCCUGCAGUCAUCCAUACAGCUUUGGAGUGCCUCUUGAGAGCGUCUGAGCACCAGAGAGGGAGUAAUUUUUUCUACUAGAUAGUGGUCCAGUGGUCCUACUGGGCAUGUUGCUAGCACAGCUGGCCUCAGUUGUGGAAGCUAUUUUGCAUUUGUUUCAAGCUAUACCUGCAGACCUCACAGCGGAAGGUGGGUGUGUGCCCACUGGUGGUAGUUGUGCCAUACGGCCAAGGCAAGGAGCAACAUGAGCAGGUGGAAAGUUGCCACUACAGCAAAGCCUAUGCGUAGUAGAACAAGCCACACUUGUUCUUGGAUCCAGUAAGUAUCCUUUACAGAGAGCUAUCGUCACCUCAGCCCCACUCUGCAAGUAUCUACAGUGUGCUCUGUCACUGCAGGGUACUGCAUCGUCAGCUCUGUGUGACCUAACUGAUGUAUUGACACCUCUGUCUCCACUGCUGUCACUUCAGUACACACGGCUAUAAGCCACUGACCAUCCCAGUCUCCAUUGCUGGAGUGAUUUCUUUGCAGACCUGCUGUUUGUAGAGCAAAUUCACUGAUGGGAGCAGCCAAACAGCUGGCCAUUGGUAUGACAUGAAGAAACUGAAAAAGCAGUAAUGUGGGACUCACAGGGCUGCCACUCCCAAGGCACAUCUUCUGCAAGCUUGUCAAAACUGCUUGUUAUCUAUGACAAGGCCAAGUGGAUGUCCUACUUAUUAAGAGAAGGCACUGGAGGUACACACUGCUGGUUCUGCAGGCUCCCCAGGAGAACACACGGGAGCUCAAGCCUGAUGUCUUUUCUCACCGCAGGGGGCUGGUAAUAAAACAGUAUCUCAGCCCAGUGAGUCUGGUGCUGCUGAUCUGUGGUGGUAGGGAUAAUCUAUAUACUCUUGUAUGCAGACAAGGAAAUGGAUGUGCAAAGUACAGCCUGCAUCAAUUGCUCUUUCUGCUUUAUGGUUUCCAUAGCGCACUUUUGUACAAAACAGGGUUUGUUUCUUACAUCUGUUCUUGUAAGAGGAGAAAGGGGACGAUGAGCACAGUGCAACGUUUGCAACACACACGUUGUUUUUCCCCAGUGCUGCUCUGCAGGUGUGUAGUCUUGUUUGCCAUUUUCUCUGGUGCGGCCAGGGUGGUUAGCAACCUUAGCUGACCUUUCUCCCGCUGGUUCCUUGCAUCUCUGUGCCAUUUGUGAAUUUGGUUUCUAUCUGAAGCUGCGGGAGUGCUGGAGAACAGCUCUCAUGGAGAGGCAGGAUUGGCUGUGCUAUUCUCACAUUUCCCCAGGGGAAGUUCUUGCUGGAGUCUUGGCCUGCACUCUUGGGUUGACUCCAACACAGGGAGGUGUCAAAAAUUCUCCCACUCAGCUACUUUAUACAGCCACAUGGGAUGUGUGACAAAGUCAACUCUUCCUUCCCACAGAUACAUGUUCGUCUCCAGAAACAAAUGUCAUCAGCAAUGAAAUGUCCUCCCCAACCGUAGCAGCUAAGGUAGGGAAUAAAAUUUAGUGCUCAGCUGGGUUUAAGCUUUCUUUUGUUCUACUUGUGGGUCUUCAAGCAUUAUCCCUCCUCAUGGGAUUCAUACAGGACUCAGGCCAGAGAAAGGGGCAUUCUGAGCCUUCCAGGUCAGCCUGUAUGUUUUCAAGGGCAUGAAGACAGAAUUACCACCAGCCCUCUUGCCUGCAUUCUUUCACCUGUAGCAGAGCUGCAGGUGACUACAAGACUACAUGACUACAAGAGCACAUGAGGCUCCAGAGAGUGAAAACUUCAGGGAGGAAAAGAAAGGUAGAUUGAAAUUGUUAUUUAUGCCUGGGACUGCACCUUUGCAAGAAGCUUCUAUCUUCUUGCUUUCAGAUCCGUGGACCCCUGAAGAGCUAACCAUAAACCUGGAGUGCCCAUCAGGUGGUGUAAUGUGAGAGAAGUUAUGCUGAAGUGCAGCUGAUACAAAGACCUUGUAGUCUUCAGCUCUAGGAAUUGUUCUUUGCUAUUGUGCUAUCAAGGCUGUACAAGGCAGCCUUUUGAUAUCAGGGAGUGAGCCAUUUCUUCAGAUAUGAUGAAGCUUAGAUUGUAUCAAGACCUCUUAUGACUCAAACUAAAUGACUUCCCCUUCUGCCUCACUGAGUAAAUCAGAUUUUACAAGCUUUGGCAAUUUCAGUGCAUGCCAUAUCUGUUAGUUGUAAGUCUGCUACAGUCUUCACGUUCUUGAAUGAGAACAAAGAUAUGAAUGAACUUAAUGGUCUUACCCAAACCUUAAACUGCAGUGUCUGGUUUGGCCAAGCCAUAAUAUAAAUGUUAUUUCAGCUCCUACCAUUCCAGCUAAUCUAUAAGGUUGUGAUGCUUAUUGCUUUUCAAAAUUGUCCAUGUGAAUCCUGCAGUCCCUUUUCCUGUGGCUUUGGAGUGUUCAGGGUACUCCUCCGAGAUGCCUUUGGCAAAAAAGAUUAGAGCAUGGAGGGUACCCUGCUUGCUUCUGCAUCCUGAUAGAUGUGGGGUGCUCUGAGCAGAAGCCAGCUGAAGAGACUAUUUUGGGGAGCUGUAGUUGGGGUAGAGAAGGGAGAACAUCUCUGUCUUGCAUCUGCUCUGGGGUGUGCUGUGUGCCACAGUAGUAGGGCAGCUCCAGAUGCCCCCUUCUCCAUCAUCACAUGGCUUCAUCCAGCCUGAAGGCAAGAAACUUUCUUCUCCUACAUGUUGCCCUUGGGCAGCUGCUUUGUGAGCUGCCAGGCUGGGGGUGGUUUGGGAACCUGUCUUGCAGUGCUGCCACAUGUGCGGGACAGUCCCAGAUCAGUCCUGGUCAUCCAUGUGACAGGGCUUGUGGUGAGCUGGAAUUGACUGUCAUAGCAGCUGGUGGUCACCAAACUAUUUACAGUUCUCACUAGUCUCUCUUGGACUAGUUAUAUUUAUAAGGAUAUGCAGAGUUGAGUCUAGUUCAUUGGUUUAAAGAAGCUCUGAAUUCAGCUGUUUCCUGCAAGGGCUCCCUCCUCACCCUAGGGCUCCCUCACUAGGGCAGGGCACAGUUUUUUUAACAUUUGAGGACUGAAAGGGAGAAGGAGAAGGCUCGAAAGCAUGGCACUCAUCCUCUUCCCAUGACCUUUGAAAUCAAGCUUGUCGAUAUUUUCUUCAUUUGUUUAUUUAUUGACUUAUGCUCGCCAAGCUUCAUAACUUUCUGACUUUGAAGGUGGAUAACAUAAGAUGGAAACAUAAAAAUGCACCUUGUUUUGUUUGCAUUUUAUUUUCCAUUUGUGUUGUAAGAGCAAAUGCUAUUUUUCCUUUUCACCUUACAUAAGGUGAAGCUGACAUACAAGUUUACAUGUCAUUAAGGUCAAUACCACUGGCAAACUUGUUAAUGGCUGAAUAUCAUCCAGUGCUUUCUUGAGACAGGGAGAGAAAGCACCACACUAAGAUCCCACAGCCAUCAAUGACUGCAAUGGGGCACGACCAGCCACAGAGCCCACUUCUGCUCUGAAUUUCUUGCUAUCUGCUUCUCAGGGUAUCACCUUGGCCGCGAGGCAGUCCUUCCUGACCUGAACUGUCCUGUGACCAGGUGUACAGGCUACCAAGUCCUGCAUAUGCCCAGUGCUUGGGCCAGUGGCUGAGCAAGGGAUGGGAUAGGGCAGAGUCAGGCCUGGGGAAUUUCAGUGUAAAUCGCUGCAAAAGCACUCACACCCAGGUCCAACGUUUUUGCCUCACAGCAAAAAGGGAGGAGAAAUAUGAGAAAGCCAUGAGCCACUAGCAUGGCUCUUCACUGUUCCCCCUGCCACCUCUUCCUUCUCGAGGGGUUUGCAGUGUUGCUCCAGCAGUACCUACCCAAGCCCAAUCCCAAGCUUCAGCAACCACAAGCUGAUCCAAAGGGCAUGUGUCCAGUAACAAACGUUCCAGAAAUGAAUCACUGGCAUUUAGGGCUGGGAUAAUCUCUGACCAAGACCUAGACUCCUCUAAUUAAACUUAGUUUGUUGCUCUUGCAGAAAUGCUGAAGGACAAGGCAUUCGCAGUGCAGUUCUCAUAUUGACUUUCUGUGGAGUAACCUUUAUAUAUCUCAAUAGACGUGGCCUUUUGGUGCUGGACAUCAUUAUUCUGCCUUCUUGGCAUGUGAGACAGUGCAAGACAAAAACUGCAGAGUAAUUUCAGCAGGGGCUGAAAUUUGGUGGUGUGAGUCCCGAUGAGCACACAAGCAGACACAGGCUCUGAAAAUAUUGCAAUUUUAUUUUUGUAUCAAUUUCCAUAUUAAGUUAAGAGACGCUAGAACUUAUUGUACAAAGCACUGCUAUCCAGAGCUAUAUUUAGCUGCUCAGAUGUUUGUGUCUCCAUCUCACUAGAUCUCCAGAAAUGAGUGGAUAUUUUCCAUCGUGGGCUUCAAGUAGGAAGCUUGUUAUAUCUGACCUACUGUGAAAGGAAAAUAUCUGUUUCGCCACCAUGCAUUUUUUCAUACAAGUGGUAUCUUUCUGUGUCUCUUCUACAUUAACACAUUAUAUUUCCUUUAAAAUGCUACAAAUUUAUUUGCUUUAACGUAACUUGGUAAUUAACUGGUAGUUACAGACAAAAGUAGAAGUGAGCAUGCAUGUCAUUUUGAAAGAAUUACAUCGUGCAGGAAAACAUCCUAGUAUUUGGGAUGAUGGCCAAAUCUCCCUCCAGGACCUGGACUGAACACAGGCCUUCUGAAAUCUUGUCUGAGCCUCCUCCUUUUCCCAGGGCUUUAUUUCCCUACCAAUCCCAAAACAGCCAUGCAGUGAACCCUGCCCAAGAUUUUCUUCCCAAGCAUGGCUUUCAGUGGUUCCCCUCAAGGAUCCCUCCUACCCUUGUUCCUCCAGAGGCCUGUGUGGCCUGGGACCUGCCAGUCCAAGUCUGCAGCAGAAGCUUGGGAACAUUUGCAGAGUCAGCGCCUGAGCUCAGGACAGUUCAAGGGAUAAGUUUUGUCCUGUUCAGUAGUUCAUGAUGGCAACCAGUCUAUCGUGAGGGAGCCUCUUUCCUUAGUUGGCUGCUUUUUUGUUUGUUUGUUUGUUUGUUUGUUUGUGGGAUUAUUUAUACUUAAAGCUUGAGGUUCAGGUUUUUUCAAUUAAUGAUUUUGAGACCAGCUGUUGACAUUAAUUCGUUUUAAUAUGAUUCAAUCUGAGCAGUGUUCAAGCUUCCUCUUUAAAAAAGUAGCUGACUGCAGGGGUUUUUUUUUCAGGCAGUUUGCUUGACAGAGAAUAAAUUUUUACAAAAAGUUGCUCUACAGAGCAAGGGAUUAGACUCUCAUUUUCCCUUCCCAGUAUUCAUUUCUUGCAAAAGUACCUGACACCUGGGGAAAAGCAGCCUUUUCAUUAGUGGGUGCACAGAAGUCCCCACAGGCAGGAGCAUAGAAUAACUGGCUCUGCAAUCUACAGAACUGCAACUAAUUGUAUUUUAAGGCCCUAUUUCAGUGAGGUACCAUUGCUGCUUAUCGUUCCAAUACAAUAUAUAGGAACCGAAUGGCAGUAACUAUAUUUUUCUCUCCCGUGGCAAUUUUAAUUCUUUGUGAAAAAUCAUGGGAGCUGUGAGCUUUCUGAAUACAAAGCAACAGGGCACAGGUAAGUGGAGGUGACAUUCCCCUGUAGUUCACAGCAAUUAACCUCAGGAGGGAAAGAAAAAUUAAAAUGGUCACUGAUGUUUGGGAGAAUUACCUUGUGAUACACUGCAGAUACCCUUGUAGGCAGUUAUGUGCCUUAAUCUGUGCCAAAGUUACACAAACAUGCUUGUGGUAGGUUUGACAGCUUGCUCUCUUUCUCACUCUCAGUGGGGUGGAAGAUGGAUAGAAGUACAUGCUUCUAAAGGCAAAACGCGUGAUAGUUGUCAGGUUAGAGCUAAAUGGCAUUAUUUAUUUCCUUAUUUUGCAAGUCUGUGAAGGCGUCUGACUAUUAAGAAGAGGAACACGGUAAUGAUUCUGUUUAAUUAAGGGAGAAGUAACUUUCUUGCCAGUUCUAAGUGCUUCUUGAUCUAUCUGAGGUGUCGCAGGACCGGAGAACUCCUACAAAGGGCUGAGAAAGCAUUAUUUGUGCUCGCUGCGCAGAGCUUUGUGAAAGCAAUUUACAUAUUUGCACACUGAAGCAUAACUACCAGAACAUAAGCAGGGUGAUAAAUGAUUAACUAUAAAAGAUUGACAGUUUGGGCAAAUAUCCAGCAGAGCACUUAAGUGUGUGCUUAACUUCAAACAGCCUGGGCCUGCUGACGUUGUCAGGUUCUCUCUUAAGUUCAAGAAAUCACUUAUGCACUUUAGUUAAAUGCAUGCUUAAGUGACCUGGAGGAGCAGAGUCUGGCUAAGCGAGUUUAUAAAGAGGAAAAACUUUCUUGUAUAAUGCUUAAAUUGGGAUGGCAGCUGUAAGCAGGACUCUAAACAGAUCAGAACUCAUCACAGACGGAGCAUUCCCAGGUCCUCUUAAUGAAGUGGGAGUUGUCAGUUGCCUAGCAUUUCUCAGACACAGGGCAAGAAUAGAGGUAUUCCAGCAAAAGACUAGUCUGUCCAUUUCAGAACAAUUUUUUGUUCUGUGCAUUUUGUUCUGGUUUGGUUUUAAUUUGGGGGAACAUAAACAUACUAAAUAUUUUAUUGUUGUUCUGUGAAAAUCACACUCUGCUUUGGCCAAAUGUUGCUUUCACUAAAUGGUUUAAUUGUAAAUAGAAUUAGGAAAAAAAAAAAACAAAGCAAAAACGAAACCUCCAACCUCCCAACAUUGUUUUCAUUUUCCAGUAAUUUGAAACUCUUCUCCAGCAUUCAUCUCGCACUGGCCUCAUGCUACUCACCAGGAAUACUGUUAGUAACUUUGCUUCAUGGCAAGCCAACUUUAUUUACAGUGUAUUGGAAGUUCCUGCAGCUGAAGGUUGAAGACAAGUGUUAAUCAAAAGUUAAAAGUCAUCAGGGUCGUUCUGAUGAAGUUGGUUUUGGUCUCCAUGUAACAAUGCAGGAAUAUUUUCAUGCACCUGAGUGAAAUUUAGCAAACUAGAACUACAAAUGAAGUCCAGUGCUUCCUCCUUUUAUCCAUUCUGAAGGAGAAUAUUUGGGCUUAUAUGCCUGUCAGUUGUAUGCUCCUUGGUUACCCCUUCCAUCUCCAGCAGAUACCUGGAGAAGAAUGGCUACUGUACGUUCAUCAGGCAUUCACUCAAGCAUACAAUCUUCACAAUGAUCCUUGUGGCCUUUCACACCACCACAGAGCAGUACAUGCUAGUGCUGCAUGUUCUUUCCAUUUUGGGAAGCUUUUUGACUCUCUGAUUUUAUUUUUAUUGUAUUUUACCUCUGAUCUCAUAUCUCUUAAAAUACAUCUGAAGUUCUUGCUAUUUGGGUGAAGCUUAAUUAAAGUGUGUCAGUGUGAUGGUGUCUUUCAUUCAGGAGACAUGUAGGAAGAUGAUGAUCUCCUUUUCUUGAAUAAACAUGAAUCAAUUCAGUACCCAAAACAUUGGCUCUGAAUAAUUAACAAGAAGUAGUGUGAUGGCUUUGGUCUAGGCCUUCCUGGUAACCAGCUCGUAACCAAGGAAGUGGCCGUGUACCCAGUAUUCCAUACGAUUUUUACGUAAACCAGGGUAUAAAUAAGCUGGAGAUUAGAGACCUCGCUCUCUUCUCUUCCAGCAAGGUUCGGGGGCAGUGGGUCCUUGUGUUGGUCUCGCUUAUCUGGAGCCUGAGGCCUGCAGCGACCGCUGGUCUGCCAUGCAGGGGUUUGGAGAGUGCUGGCCGUGUCUGGCGAUCUUGUUUCUCUGAGGGAGGUGGUGAGAUUUGUUCUGCUAGUUCUUUAUUUUGCUUGUUCUUGGUUUUGAUUGUGUAUAUCUGUUCUGUGUCCCUUUUUGUUCCUUUUUCCCCUUUCCCUUUCCCUUCGGGGGGUGCUCGGAUUCCCCUUGCUGUGUACAUCAGCAUUUUAAUUGUAUAUAACUGUAAUAUACAUAAAAAUAUAUAUUUUUAUAUAAUUAGAUUGAUUUCAGGUUCUUCAGUUUUUAUAGGGUUUCUUUUCCUUUACCCUAAGGGAAGAAGGGAGGGGGAAGUGGUUGUUACUGUGAGUUUGGGCAUUUGGCAGGCAGCCAGGUCCAAACCAUCACAGAUUUUCUUGGUGUCAGAAGUGGAAUUGUUUUGGUUAUCCCGGUUUGUUUUGGAACAGUUGCCGGGAAAACUGCCAAGAUAGGCUUGUUUAUAUAAACAUACCUUUUGUUUAAGAACAGAGAGAGAGAAUAAUAUAACAAUGGCUAUUCUACCUACCUGUUUCUUGGUGUUAGCUAUAUUUGUACUUGUCUUGAUCUACCCUAAAGGGAAAUGCCCAACUGGGGAUGAAUGGGAGGAGUAUAUCCCUUUCCUUGAUUUUGACAUCAGAGGCCUGUUAAAGGAGGCCUUCGUUACAAUUGGCUCCAAUUUUUACUUAAAUUGUUUAGCAACAAUCCUAUUACUGGUGAAGGUAAUGGAAGUGUUAUUUAAAAUUGGAAGAAUGGUGUUGUAUUGCUUUCCUUGUUGUAGAAAAGGCCAGACCUCGAGAGGAUUCGCUGGAACUUUGGGAAGGGUCUUGGAAAGGCCAGUUUCUGGAUGGCAGGAAGCAUGGGUAAAUUUUGGCAAGUUGGUAGGGUGUGUGACACCUCCCAUUAUUUGGGACUUCACACCAGAACAAGUGUCCGAUCCUGAUGAGAUGACACGUUGUUUAGUUGAAGGAUGUCUUUCAUACGAUGACCCAAAUACGCAGCUUCUUGCUUUAUGCUGGGGUCUAGUGACAGCUUAUGGAGCUGCCUUAGAUCACUAUCAAAAGCCUAAGGCUGAGGCAGAAAGUCAAACUAUGUCGCCUGAAACCAAUGAUACCCCUAUUGAGUCCACAGAUGUUGGGAUCCAGACUCAACCUGAAGUCAGCGCCAUCUCUAUUAAGUCGAAUGAGUGUGGGACUCAGACUCAACCAGAAGUCAGCACUGUCUCUAAUGAUUCGACUGAGUGUGGAACACAGACUCAACCUGAAGUCAGCGCCGUCUCUAUUAAUUUGACUGAGUGUGGGACUCAGACCCAACCUGAAGUCAGCGCCGUCUCUAUUGAGUCGACUGAGUGUGGGAGUCAGACUCAACCUGAAGUCAGCACGGCUUCUGCUAAACCUGUUGAAACUGGAGUCCAAACUAUAGAUCUCAUGGACACUGGAACUCAAACUACAACAUCUAAUGUUAAGGCUACAACGGAGAUGGAGACCCAAACUACCAACCCGAGAAUCACUGUUGCCCCCCCAACUAAGAAGAAGAUACAGAUAAGGGAUAAUGCAGGAGCUACAGGCCUAGUUCUGCGAUUAAGGCAUGUAGAAGGAGGAGAAGGAGAAGAAGAAGAAGAAGAAGAAGAAGAAGAAGAAGAAGAAGAAGAAGAAAGGAACAAAGGGACUUGCCAUCCCCACAAAACCUAUCCCAUCCAGGUAUGUAGUAGUGGACGAAUGGAUGGCUGCAAAAGAGGAAGAAGCAGCCACAAGAGAAGGAGCGUGCCGAAAAGAAUUAGGCGUGCGCCCAAAAAAAUUGGGAGCACGCCCAAAGGAAAAGGAAGCGCACCUAAAGGAAGAAGGAGUGGCAGCACAGAUGGCCAAUGAACCACCAAAGAGAAGGCUGACACCCAAACAUACUCUUCUUGACUUUCCAACAGAGGUCACAGAAGAAUGGUUGAGACCUUCAUCCCAAAGUCUGAAGGACGAUUCGCUACCUCCACCCCAUGGGCUUAGACAGCACAGUAGAAACCUAUCCUCACAACAUGCUCAGUCUCUGCCUGCACGUGAGAGAGGCAGAGAGAGAGAGAAAGCAGUUCCGCGUAGAAGCGGCAGAAGGGAAGUGGAAAUGGUUCCAUGUAGGAGAGACCCUUAUUCUCGAGCGGAAGUUGUGCAAACGAGUGAAGUAUUGCGAAUGAUGACCCCAGCAGAGCUCCGGGAUCUACGAAGGGAUUACAUCCGCCGGCCUGGUGAACGAAUUCUCACCUGGCUGGUACGAUGCUGGGACAGUGGGGCCAGAAGCCACUUAUUAGAAGGUCAAGAAGCACAGCAACUAGGAUCCCUUGCUCAAGACCGUGAAAUUGAACAAGAAAUUGCAAGAGAGACAUAUAGUCUCAGUCUCUGGCUCCGGAUCCUCCAUGCUGUGAGGGAAAAAUACCCAUUUAAAGAAUAUUUAAUGAGUUCUCCAAGAAAGUGGACGACUGCAGAAGAAGGCAUCCAGUACCUACGAGAAUUAGCCAUGCUAGAACUUAUUUAUUGUAACCCAGACUAUUACAAUUGCUUAGAACCAGAGAAGAUCUCCUGUACGGAGCUGAUGUGGAGGCAAGUAAUUAAAGGUGCCCCUGCGUCAUUUGUCAACUGCUUAAUAGUAGCAUACAAUCCCAAGACAGAUGAACUGAAUGUGGACACCAUGUGUUCAUGGAUAAGGACCAUAGCGGAAAAUUUGGAGGACUCCUCCAAUGUCCAACACCAACCCACCCAUCUUAGGAAGGCAAGGGAGAGGCCUUAUGAAUAUUCCAGAUAGGAAGACGACUAUAGAGACAGAGAUUAUAGAGACUAUAGAGACAGACCAGUAAAACAGUCUCGACCACGAUUUUGACCUCAGUCUUGAUCUUGGUCUUGGUCUCGUUCACGAUCUCCUUCCUUAGCAUGCAGAAGGAGAGGAAACUCCAGACGCAGAUCACGUAAUCAACUGUGGUCUUAUCUGCGCAGCAAGGGACAAAACAUGAAAAAGUGGGAUGGUGAACCCACUUCCAAACUCGAGGCCAGAGUAAAAGAGUUAAAACAAUAAGAAGCCAAUAAGAAAGUUGUCUACAUGGUUGAUGCAGAUGUCCUGAGGAAAGAACUGAGAUCUCCGAAACACAAAAAGAUGGAGGUCUGCUUUGACAAUGACAAGAAGGCCUCUAAGAAGGCAAAAUCUAAGUCAGAUGACGAAUGCUCUUAUCAAGACCAAUAGAGGGGCCUUGCCUUCUGCCAGGAGAAGGAAA